GUCCCUCUUUUCCAUCGCCUUUCGAUUGAAUAAAGUGCACACAUUUUGUGCUUACUUUUAAAUUCAAUCCAGAUCGGAUAAUAAUCAUCUAAAAUGGCCAAGCGUACCAGGAAAGUCGGAAUCGUCGGUAAAUACGGUACCCGUUAUGGUGCCUCGCUGCGUAAGAUGGUGAAAAAGAUGGAAAUCACCCAGCACGCCAAGUACACCUGCACGUUCUGUGGCAAGGAUGCCAUGAAGCGUUCGUGCGUGGGUAUCUGGUCAUGCAAGCGGUGCAAUCGCGUCGUUGCCGGUGGUGCCUGGGUAUACUCAACCACCGCUGCCGCCUCGGUGCGAUCAGCUGUGCGACGCCUGCGUGAAAUGUAAAAAAAAAACGGCACGACACUGAAGCGGAGACCGAUGUGAUGUCAGCGCGAGGAGUACACAGUUGUAAUGGAUCCGCGGUUUUGUGUUUUGACGAUCAAAGUAUCGACCUUUGGCGUGAUGGAACUAGUGUGUUUUGCUGAUCGAAGUCAUGCUAGGAUCAAUCAUCAAUGGCAUCAAAUGGCGCGGAAUUCAAUUCCGAGCUUGAUACAUAACGCAUCUCAACUGGAACAUCUCUGUGACCCCCGGUCGUGAGCAUCAGAUCAUCUUGUUAAUAAAUAAAGAAUGGUUCUUCAACGAAGAAAAGAAGUGGCAACAUCUCACCAGGAAA